AUGACGUCACAAUCACGUAUGACGUCACAAUCACGUAUGACGUCACAAUCACCAUCACUAGAUAAUAACGAAAGACAUGCAGCAUCGCUAGAUAAUAACGCCAGACAUUCAGCGUCACAAGAUAAUAACAAGAGACAUUCAGCAUCACUAGAUAAUUACGACAGACAUGCACCGUCACAAGAAAAUAACGAUAGAGAUUCAGCGUCACAGUAUAAUUACGACAGAAAUGCACCGUCACAAGAUUAUAACGAUAUAGAUUCAGCGUCACAGGAUAAUUACGACAGACAUGCACCGUCACAAGAUUAUAACGAGAUAGAUUCAGCGUCACAGGAUAAUUACGACAGACAUGCACCGUCACAAGAAAAUAACGAUAUAGAUUCAGCGUCACAGGAUAAUUACGACAGACAUGCACCGUCACAAGAUUAUAACGAGAUAGAUUCAGCGUCACAGGAUAAUUACGACAGACAUGCACCGUCACAAGAAAAUAACGAUAUAGAUUCAGCGUCACAGUAUAAUUACGACAGACAUGCACCGUCACAUGAUUAUAACGAGAUAGAUUCAGCAUCACAGAAUAAUUACGACAGACAUGCACCGUCACAAGAAAAUAACGAUAUAGAUUCAGCGUCACAGGAUAAUUACGACAGACAUGCACCGUCACAAGAUUAUAACGAGAUAGAUUCAGCGUCACAGGAUAAUUACGAGAGACAUUCAGCGCCACAAGAUUAUAACGAGAGACAUGCAACGUCACAAGAUUAUAACGAGAGACAUUCUGCGUCAUAA